AUGGAGAACUCCCGGAAAUUGACAGACCUCCAAGAGCGACUGGCGAAGUGCCAGAAUACAAUAGAGCAAAAGACUUACGCGAAUGUGGUGGCAUCGAAAUCGCCACAACAGUCAUCGCAGUCAAAAGAAAAUAUAAUUAUUGGACAAAAUGCUGCUGGAUCAGCUGCCAACCAAGCUUACAUAGAAGAAUUAAAAUCCAGCAUCGGAAUAUCUAAUAUUUUCAUGGGAAUUGUGGUGUUGAUUGUAUUGCUGGCGGCUAGCAUCGGAGCUUAUAAGGUUUACAAGCGAUGCCACAGGCGAUGGAUUCGGGAAGAAGUUAAUUCAUUGGCACUACAACGAGCUACAAGUAUGAUUCGACGCGGCCGUUCUCAAAAAUCAUCGAACGAAGGAGGUGAC